AUGGGUGUCAUUGCCUCACCACGUCCCAUCUCAUCGAGCUCAAUUCUUCCACGAGAACACGAACUCUCAGUGGAUGCCGUGGAUCUGUCCUCAGACGGUGACCACCUUCACGCAGAAGGACACUCCGAGCCACCACUGUCAUCUGCUGAGGCAAGUGAGCAACUUGCCAGUGUGAUGACAGACUAUUUUGCCUGUCUUGAAGACAUUAAUGGUGCUCAGUUGCUGUUGACCAGUGAGACUGAAGCAAUAAAGAGCUUUGAGAAAGCACAAGAACUGGGUUCUACCAGGGCACACUACAACCUCGGAGUCUGUUACGAAACUGGCAGGACUGUCAACAAGGACUUGGACAAGGCAGUGAUGCACUACAGGGCAGCUGUCCUUGGGGGCCACCCACUGGCCACAUACAACCUGGGAGUAUUGUAUCUCAAUGGCUAUGGAAAUGCAAAGACAGGCCAGUCAUUGUUGGAGAAGGCCUCUCGUCUGGGAGUCCCCCAGGCAAAGACAUUUGUUGCGCAUAAAUAUCUUGAAGCGGGAAACUAUGAUGAAGCUGUGCCGUUGCUGAAGGAGGCUGCAGCUGCCAAGGAUCCAGACGCGCUGUUCUACCUGGGCCUUUGCUGUGAGAGAGGCCUCGCUGUUCCAAAGGACAAUGUAGCAGCCACGAAACUCUAUGCAAGAGCAGCAAGUCAGAAUCAUGCUGGUGCUUUGGAGGCCUUAGCAGCCAUCCAAGGAAAAGCAGAACCAAGAGUGCAAGUGGAACCUGUCCACACCAGAGAGCCACCUGAUGACCCUCCAUCAGUGAAGCAUGUGAACACUUUCGCAUUCGUCAACAAUUCAGGCUGA